CUUGCCAGUAUCAUUGGGAACGGAAUAACCUGCCUCGUUAUUUACUAUGACAGAAGCAUGCACACAGCUACAAACUUUUAUCUGUUCAACUUGGCAAUAUCAGAUUUUAUAGUCUCCUUCGCAAUAUUCUUAGAAGUGAACGAACUGACACUUCCUUCAACAAAGCCUCCCCAUUUUAAUUUAGGAAGGAUGGCGUGCAAAACUCAUUUUAUAGUGGUAGCAGCUCUUUGGAAUAAUAGUAUAUUAAUUCUAACAGCGCUAGCUAUAGAAAGGUACGUAGCGAUCUGCUACCCUUUGCUUUUAAAGACGAAGUCAGUGUGGCGGAGAGUGACGAAGAUAAUCGUGGUGAUAUGGAUCAUAGCGAUCAUGGAGACCAUACCGGAGUUGUGGACAUCAGAUCUGUUAACUACGUCGAAGUACUCACUGUGUACCAUGGUACCGACGCCAUACGCGAAAACAACAAAUGGUGUGAUGGCAGUGCUCACGUUUAUUUUACCGUUGAGUAUCAUGACUUUUGUGUACUCGAUGAUCGCGUGGGAGCUGCGAACCUCGCAGAAGUGUCGGCCACACGAUAAUGUUUUCAAUCAACGCAACAACAGAAGGAAAGUUAAUAAGCUUAUUGUAGCUUUAACGCUGGGAUUUUUGAUCUCCUGGCUGCCCUUCUUCUCUUUAAGAAUGUCGUUGUUCAUCUACGACAUCACGCAUAUUGUCAACAUGGAGAAGUGGUGGCGUAUUGGCUUUAAUCUCACCUUAUUCAACAGCUGGUUCAGCACGGUACUGAACCCACUGCUAUUCAGUCUCAUGUCGACGAAGUUUAGAAGAUCAUUGCGAUUAUUUUGGAAGAAAAAAAUCAAGAGAGAAUCGGAAGUAAUUCGACCGUGCAACAGAUCUGCGAAACUAUGUGCUACAAGCGAUGAUAUAUAAUAUUAUAAUAGAGAUAUAAUUUAUUUACGAUA